GUACCGAAAGUAGGCGAAAGGUUCUGUCAAAAAACUUUAGCGGCAACAUUGAAAGAACUUUCAUUGAACGGCCUAAAUAGUUUCUAUAAAGGUAAAUUGGCAAAAUUAAUUGCGCAAGAUAUGUCGGACAUGGGUAUGCCAAUAACGGAAUCCGAUUUGGCGAAUUACGCCCCCGUUAGGCGUAGCCCUCUCUUGGACAGACUACGCGUCGACGGUCGAAAUGAAGCACAAUUUAUUCACAACGUGGUCGAAGCUACAAAACAGGCAUUCGUACUACGCGAUCGCUACAUAACGGAUCCGUCUUGUAUGAAAGUGGACCCUCAAUCUCUGCUAGCUGGCCAUGCAAUUACUGAAAUGGCUCACAGAAUACGAGCAGAUCGUGCGUCGAACGAAGGUAAAGGCAAGGGCCCAGGUGACACAAUUUGGUUAGGUGUUAUGGACGAUAGAGGUUUUUCCGUUUCGUUUAUUCAAAGUAUUUACUUUAACUUUGGAAGCGGCGUCGUUCUCCCUAGGACGGGUAUUUUAUGGCACAACCGUGGGGUUGCAUUCAGUUCGCAGACUCAAGCAGCCAUCUUCCAUAGAUAUGUGGUACAAGGUUAUGGGUUGCAAAAGUCUAUCUCCGCACCGAGAUGGAUCUAUGGAUCUACGAAUGGUGAUCGCAAUGAUGUUUUACAUUUAGAAGACAGAUUUUCCACAGAAGUUGUAGAUGAUUUAAAAGAAAAAGGUCAUGAAAUUUGUUUGCUUCCAUCGUUUAGUGAGAUGGUGGGACAAGCUGGUGCUUUAGUAAGGCACCCUAAUGGCAUUCUGGAAGGUGCUUUCGAUCCACGCAGCGAUGGAAGUGCUGCAGGGUUUUAGGGUAACCAUUUCAUAUUUUCAAUUUUCGCUUGCAUUGCA